GGAAGAGAGAGAGAGAGAGAGAGAGAAUGACAAUAUGUUGUGUUGUUUACAGUCUCUCAACAGUCGUUACCCUGCCUCUUCUGCCUAAGUUACUUCAUUCAUUUCCUUCUUAGAUCAAUUUCGUAACAACAAAUAUCUUCUUCUUCUUCUUCUUCUCUCUCUCUCUCUCUCUCUCUCUCUGAUCUUUACGAUCAACACAAUCAGAUAAUAGCAAUAGCAAUGGGAAUAUAUCUGAGCACUCCCAAAACUGAAAAACUUUCUGAAGAUGGGGAAAAUGACAGUCUUAGAUAUGGUUUAUCAUCUAUGCAAGGCUGGCGUGCAUCAAUGGAAGAUGCUCAUGCUGCAUAUACGGAUCUCGAUGGAUCUACUUCAUUUUUUGGUGUUUACGAUGGUCAUGGAGGUAAGGUGGUUGCAAAGUUUUGUGCUAAGUUUCUUCACCAUCAGAUGCUCAAAAGUGAAGCAUACUCAGUUGGAGAUAUAGGAACCUCUCUUCAGCAAACAUUUUUAAGAAUGGAUGAGAUGAUGCGUGGUCAAAGAGGAUGGAGGGAGCUAUCAAUCUUGGGAGAUAAGAUGAACAAGUUUAGUGGGAUGAUAGAAGGGUUGAUUUGGUCUCCACGUAGCAACAAUGGUAUUAGCCGAGCUGAUGAUUGGGCUUUUGAGGAGGGACCCCAUUCUGACUUUGCUGGACCAACUUCAGGAAGCACAGCCUGUGUUGCAGUUAUUAGAAACAACCAACUUGUUGUUGCAAAUGCCGGUGAUUCACGCUGUGUAAUAUCUCGGAAGGGGCAGGCGUACAAUUUGUCUAGAGACCACAAACCUGAUCUUGAGAUUGAAAAGGAAAGAAUCUUAAAAGCUGGUGGUUUUAUUCAUGCAGGCCGAAUUAAUGGCAGUUUAAACCUUGCAAGAGCUAUUGGUGACAUGGAAUUUAAACAGAAUAAAUUUCUUCCCGCUGAAAAACAAGUUGUAACUGCCAAUCCUGAUAUAAACACUGUUGAGCUUUGUGAUGAAGAUGAAUUUAUGGUGCUAGCUUGUGAUGGCAUAUGGGACUGUUUGUCAAGUCAACAAUUGGUAGAUUUUGUUCAUGAACAAUUGCGUUCGGAAACAAAACUUUCUACAGUGUGCGAAAAAGUACUUGACCGGUGUUUGGCACCAUCAACUGCUGGUGGUGAAGGAUGUGAUAACAUGACCAUGAUCUUGGUCCAGUUCAAAAAACCUGCUCAGUCCAGUGCACCAGCAGAAGAACAAUCCUCAUCAAAUGAAGAAGCUGAAGCACAAGGUGAACUGAAACUAGAAAAAAGUGAAGUUUAGUACUGUAUUCUGUAUUAACAGUUCAAAUAUGUAUGUAUAUUAAUUGACACACAUUUCAAAUAUGUAUUCUACAUAUAUAAUGUAUAAUAUACACACAAAAGCUUAUGCAUAGUAUUAGUGUACACUUGUGCUUAUAUUGCGUCUGAAAUGAAUACCCCCCCACCUUCUCUUCUCA